UAAGUGACGCAGAUGGACCCACUCCAGAGAAGCGUCACUACCAAGCAGGGAACGAGUAGGAUUUUAGGAAGCGUUGCAUUGUAGCAGAACUUUUCUUGUAGACCUACAUCAAUCAAGGUGACCAUGGCCACCACCACCUCAGUCCCAUACAACUCUGGUGGCAUGGUGAUAGUCACCCAUGUGUACCCCCAGCAAGGAGCCCAAGGCAGUGGCUUACCCCAGACUGGAGCUGCUCCAGCACCCUCCUCUCGGCUUCACAAGUUCCUGAAAGGGGAACCGUCUAUCCUGGGCGCUCUCCAGAUAAUGAUAGGAAUUGUCAUAUUCCUGUUUGGCAUCGUUGGUGCAUUUCAUCCAACUCUGUCCAUUUACAGCGGGAUCCCCUUCUGGGGAGCCACAAUUUACAUCACAGCUGGGUCUCUCACAGUGAGGGCUUACAAGAAACUUGGCAGAUGUAUGGUCAAAGCUUCCCUGGGGAUGAACAUCAUCAGCUCCAUAACUGCAGGUCUGGCCAUCAUUCUCCACAGCCUCGACUUCAUUGUCCCAACCGGCCCCUACUAUUACUGUUACUAUGGCGACUAUGACUUGAAUGGCUGUCGUUCCACCCGCGACGCACUGCAGGCCAGAUUAUGGGGAACGGUUGGCGUGAUGCUGGUGCUGUCAAUACUGCAGUUCAUCCUCUCCAUCUGUGUGUCAGCUUUUGGCUGCAAGGCCACCUGCACAGAUGAAACUCAGCCGGUCAUGUACAUUACCAACCAGAUCCCUGCCUCUCUCCUGACCUCCCCACCAUCUACUGACCCUCUCAACACAGCUGAGAUGCCACUUCUGCCACCCAGUGUGCUGGCACCUGCUCAUGACGGCAAAGCUGAGAGUGCCCCUACUGGCCAAUUUGAAGACCUGCCGCCAAAGUACAGCCUUGCCUAGGAGGAUACAUCUGAUGAGGGAUGACCCGUGUAUUCAUACAUACUGCUGGUUUCGACGAGGGAUGAAUACAUUCAAUAGGAAAAGGGAACAAAUAUCCACACCGCAGAAGCUCCCCUUGCUGUGAUUUAUUAAGAGACAAAAUGACAAAGUUUCGACCUGCAAGGUGUUUGUCAGUUGCCUGAGCAACAAACAGUGGGCAGGUCUACAUAUAGAAAAUGGAAGGGGCGGCCCUAUCGUGGUUUAAUGGUAGGGCACUCGUCUACUACUCGGCCAACCCGGGUUUGAUUCCUGGCCCGGGUCCUUUGCCAGCCCUUUCCCGUCUCUCUCUCCCAACUUGCUUCCUGGCCACAUAUAAAAACACCAAUAAAGGCUUGUGAAGGCCCCCCAAAAAGACAAGAAACUUUAAAAGAAAAGAAAAUGCAAGGGGCAGAGCCUCAGACAUCAAUCACUGAUACAGCACCAUAUACUCACCAUAAGCCACUCUGCAGAGGUUCCAAUUAACUACAAUGGUAACGUUUGUUAACUUUAAACCCAUAUUAUAUAUACAGAUUAGAGACCAUAACUGUGCCCACUGUUUGUUGCUCAGAGACACCCGAUGAAGACCUUGCAGGAAAAAACAUUUUGCAAUGUUUCCCUUAAUCACAUUAAGUGAGGUUAUUGGUCCACUUACAGUACAGUGGUCUGAGUUUGAUUUUCUCAAAGUGGGCUGUAUGUAAAAAAACCCUGGGGUGUAUUUCUCACAACCAUAGUUGUUACAAUAGUAUAUUAGCUUGUUUGUUGGUUGCAAUGCAAAUUUCCCAUAGCAACUACCAAAGUUGCAAACUGGUUAGCAAAUAUGGUUUUGAGAAACACAACCCUGUAUGACACUUGCUGGAUGUCAGAUAGUGCACUUGUACACUUCUGUAUUCAUGUUUCAGUGCGUAUGUCGUGUUAAUUACGCACUAAAACAUGGUACACCAUUUUAGAUACAGCAACUGUCUUAUCAUCACCACAUGCUCUGUGUUAGUGGCAGUUCCUUGUGCCUUCAAAUGUAUCUAUACUGACUUUUCAUCUUUUGCAACUCUAGUUUUCCCUUGUUUUCACUUGUUAAGUGUUUUAGACUUAACUGGUCAUUGGUGUCUGUGCCCAGAUAUUCAGGUUGUUUUUCAGGUUAUUUUGAUGAUGUAUAUACUAUAUGUAGUCAAUAUUUAAAGUCAUACUUUUUAUACUACUACAUAGACUGGUGCACUGGGUUGGUUUCACACAUUCACAGGCAUUGUAAUCACCUGGUUAAAAUCCUACCAUUGGAAGCCAUACCUCUUUCUUCACCAAUAUCUCUAAACGGUGGGGUCCAUCAGGGCUCCAUGCUGGGACCACUAUUAUUCAAUCUGUAUAUGCUGCCACUCUGACAAAUCAUCAAGAAUAACUCAAUAAAUUAUUAUACCUAUUCCGUUAAUGUGUUUUGGAAAGGGGAGGAGAGACUAAAGAUUGCCACUGAUCUUAAAACUAAGGGACUGAAAGCAAGGGAUACAGUUAAAACCUUGUUGUCCUUAUUGACAGUGACCUAAAAAAACCCCCAAAAAAAGCCAUUACCAAGUCUGCAUUUUACCACCUGAAAAACAUUUCUAAGCUUAGAGGCCUCAUGUCAAAAUAUGAUCCGGAGAAGAUAAUACACACUCUCAUCUCUAGUAGGGUGGAUUGCAAUAGCCUUUUUACAGGCCUCCCGAAAAAGAUCCUUAAACAACUUCAACUAAUCCAGAAUGCGGCAGCAAAGGUUCUUAUGAAAACAAAGACGUUCGACUACAUUUUGAGAUCGCUGCAUUGGCCCCCAGUGAGCUAAACAAUUGAGUUGAUGGCAUUGCCAUUGAGUGUUUAAAUUAUUAAAUGGGAUACCCACAGGAUAUGUUACAGCGGUAUGCACCAACCAGGUCGCUAAGGUCAAUGGAUAAGAAGUUGCUGGUAUCCCAAAUGUUAACACAAAGUUUGGAGAGGCAGCCUUUAGCUUCUACGCAGCAAAGCGUUGGAACCAGCUUCCAGGUGAUGUAAAAAUGCACCCACCAUAGAAAGCUUUAAAUCUCUGGAAUCUAAGGCCUUUCAGAGACUUCGAGACAGUUUGCAACUGCAACACCUUGACAUUUUUAAGUAUUUCAACUAACUAUAAACGUCUAUGCAAAAGUGGCAAAUGGUUGUAUUCUAAAAAGCCUAACAAAAAAUAACAAGUGAAUGUAAUAAAAACAAUUUUCUCUGACUAAUACUUUUUUGUUUCCUUUAUUUUUUACCUUUAUUUUUUUAUGUGAAGCACAUUGAUUUGCACCUGUGUAUGAAAUGCACUAUAAAAAAUAAACUUGACUUGACUCGA